AGUUGGAGUGGUGAUUGUAAUUUGCGAGCGUAAGUAAAUAAAAUAAUCAACCCUCUUCUCUUCUCCUUCUCAACUUCAACUUAGCGGUUUCUUUCUCUCUUGCAAAAUUCGAGAAUGGGUUGGAUUUGGAGAGAUGAUGACUUGCAAUCACCGCCACCCGGGGACUUUCCCAGAUUUCAAAACCCUAAUCCUAGUGCCCACGCCGAUCGCUGCACCACCAGGAGGGUCGUCACCUCCAACUGCAGGACGGACGAGGUCCAGCCUGGAAAGUUCGUCAGGAAGUGCGAGAAAACCGAACAACUCCUUAGGGAUUGCGUUGGAAGGCCUCCUGAAAUUGUGCAAUCAAACAAGGAGUACACUGAAGACGAUGUCACAGACCAAGUGCUCAGAGGGUCUUCUCCCUUAGGGUCAUCAGGGCAGGGAUCAUUGGACUUCCCUGGUCUACACAAUGACAUUAAUUCACUCGGACAACACUUCGACUUUCCAGGGCUACGAAAUGAUAUUGACACAUUUGAACGGAACUUGUUUGGUAGUAUUGGCCGUUUCUUUGAAGCUGCUGAGGAUUUGAGGGAUGGCUUCUGUAAUGCAUUUAGGGAUCCACGCAUCUUUGAUGGGGAUUCCUCAUCUUCACCUGCAUCUAAGCAUCGAGGGGUACCUAUCGAGAGCAAUCCCCAGAAGGGAGAAAAGCGAAGAAACUUCAAAUCGGGAGAUAUAGAUCUUUCUGGAUUAACAAGAGAUGUUUGAAACUUUGAAUUGAAGAUAAACCAAGGGAUUUAACUCUUCUGAAAUAGGAAAAGUACAUAAACUUAUCAAAGAUAGUUUCUCUCUAGAUAUUGUUCCUCCUAAAACUAAUAAACUCCACCAUAGCUCUUUUAUAUAAAAACUAAUAAUUUUAUUAUGUUGGUUCAAUUCAAAUAUAGUAAUUAUUAUAAUUUUAUUGUUGAAACUAUUUUUUUUUAGAAGAACCGCGUUUGUUGAAA